AGCCCGUUUUGGGUGAAGCGGACAAAACUGGAAAGGAAAAUUGCAAUGGAGGGGCAUUUUGGAGAUUCAUGCAAAAACGUUCGUCCGGGUGGACAGAUGUCGAGUGGCAAAGGACUUUAGGAGGGCGGAAGCAGAGAAGCAGAAGCAGUGGCCGCCGUGGGCUGUGUCGACCGGCGAGAUAAGGAAAGUCCUUUUUCUGAAACCGCCCUCUCCCAUUACUCCACUUGUACUCUCCCUUAUUUGCGUUAAUUUCUAUGUAUGGCCUCUAAACCCAGACCCAUUCUCUCCUAAUUAUCACAUUUUUACCCUCCCACCCCGUCUCCUUUCCCUCCCGAACCCAAAAGCCCUACUACCUCUCCCUGCGCGCCCCUCAUUGCUGCUCCUUUCCAUCUAUCUCUCUCUCUCUCUCUUUUUUUUUUUUUCCAAUUCCUGCCUCAUUCUCAGCCAAGCCUCAUAUACUCUCCACCCAUCUCUCCCAACAAUUUUGUUUCUUGCUUUUGUUUUUUGUUUAUUUGGGUGUUGGUAGGAUCUGCCUGGGUGAUUCCGUUUGUUGUCAUCUGGGUUCUUUGAGAUGUUUAAAUUUUUGGGUGGGUGAGCUUCGUUUUGGGUUUUGAUGCGCAUUUGAGAAACGAGAACGCGGGUUCUUUUUUUAUUAUCUGAAUGGAUAUAGGCGAGAUGGAGGAUGGCCAAAAGAUGGAGCGAGAGUCGGAUAUCAACCUGGUUGAUGCCAAAAUCGGAGAACAAGAGCCUCCUCCCUCGGCGGAGGAUAAAGACCCCGGCGAGAAUGUGCAAUCCCCUCCUCCUCCCCCCUCGGCUAAGGAUGAAAACCCUGGUGAGAAUUUGAAAUCGGCUCCUUCUCAGGCAGCCUCUGAUGUUAAGAGUGAUGAAUCACCCAUUACCGAUCAUCCAACCGAUGUUAAAACCAUUGCUGAGGUUGAAACCAAUGUUGAUGCUUCUGGUGUUAAUGAUAAUGCCCCGAGAGCAAAUGAGCUUGAAGCUGUGACACCCCAGCCACUAGCAAAGUCUGCUAUUGCAAAAGAUGAAGAUGGGAGUGAAGGGGAGUUGAAGAAUGAGUUCAAUGAUAAAGCGGUUGCUGAUGCCAGUGAAUUGGGGACAGGUGAGGAGGUUGCCGAUUUUGCUAAGGAGGUGGAGAGUUUCUAUAGGGAGCAUUCCCUGGAUUUUAAACACCCCAAGUUUUACGGAGAGCCAUUAGAUUUGCUAAAGUUAUGGAAAGCUGUAACUAGAUUGGGAGGCUAUGAUCAGGUGACUGCAUCCAAGUUGUGGCGACAAGUGGGAGACUCUUUCCAUCCCCCCAAGACCUGCACUACAGUCUCUUGGACAUUCCGCAUUUUCUAUGAGAAGGCACUUCUGGAAUAUGAAAGGCAUAAAAGGAACAGGGGUGAGCUUCAACCCUCGUCUGUACCCAUCUCUGAAACAAAAACUGAAGAAAAAGAGGGAAGUGGUUACCAAGCUUCAGGAACAGGCAGGGCACGAAGGGAUGCUGCAGCUCGUGCUAUGCAGGGUUGGCAUGUUCAGCGUCUCUUUGGAUAUGGUGAGGUUGGUGAGCCAAUUAUCAAGGAUAAGAGCUUCAAUUCUGCACAAAAGCGUGAAAGACCACUCAAAAGCAUUGACUCAGGUUUACAUAAACACAAGAAACCAACUCUUAUGGAGGAUGUCGAAAAAGCUGAAGCAGCUAAGCAACUGGAUGCUACAGUUGCUGAUGUUGGAGCUCCUGCUGAUUGGGUGAAGAUCAAUGUGCGGGAAACUAAAGAUUGCUUCGAGGUAUAUGCUCUAGUCCCUGGGCUUCUGCGUGAGGAGGUGCGGGUUCAAUCUGAUCCAGCUGGACGCCUAGUCAUAACGGGUCAGCCAGAGCAGGUUGACAAUCCUUGGGGGAUAAAACCCUUCAAAAAGGUGGUGAGCUUACCUGCAAGAAUUGAUCCACUGCAGACAUCUGCUGUUGUUAGCUUGCACGGCCGACUCUAUGUUCGAGUGCCUUUUGAGAAGGGAUCAGGUUGAUCCGUCUUGCUGUUCCAGGCCCAUUUAACCAUUUUCUUCAGGGAAAUUUUGAAAGGGAUCAACCCAUUAGGCUCAAAUUUGGACCCAAAGACUAGCCCCAUCUUAAAUCAGUGCAAGCUAUCCUAACUCAUUGACCCCACCUACUUGGGUAUUUCUGCAUUUUACAGAUUAGUUUUAGGGUACUUUGAAUUUGUAAAACUAGAAGUACCUUUAGACCUCCACCAUUAAGGAGGGUCUUUUUGCUGAACCCAGUAGCUGUUUCUUGUCGUUUAACAGAAGGGUUUAUCCUUUAAAUCAGAGAUGAACUUUGGAUUAUCCUUCGUUACAUUCUGUGCCUUAUUUCUUUUAGUUAAAACACAUUUAUUUA